CACAAUGCUAGUGGUUCAUUUAAAAAUUGCAUGAUGACUAGCAGAUCAUAAGUGUUGCGACCCUGCAAAUAUCCCUGCAACCUCUGGGUCUGCAACCUCAGGGUUGUAGAUUUCUCUCCCCGUGAUGACGUACUAAUCUUAUGAAGCUAUAUUUGCUUUGGAUUUAAAAGUGAACAUUGCCCGCGCAACUGCAUCUCAUCAAGUUCCAACUUUUCUCACAUUAUAUUCAAAACAUAUUGCGCAAUAUGUCCAUUCUACAGGCAGCAGCUUUCUCCGUGCUUCUACUAGGAGCCAAUUGUAUGACUCUUUCAGCAGAGAGAGCCUCUACAGUUGAAACAAGGGCAACAUGGAAGUUCUUAGGCUGCUACACAGACAACGUAUCGGGGAGAGCCUUACCUAAUGCUGUAUCGGUUCCUGGUGGCUCUGCGGCCAUGCAAAACGAAGCAUGUCAAACAGCUUGCAUGGCAGCUGGAUUUAGUAUUGCUGGAACCGAGUACUCGGGCGAGUGCUGGUGCGGCAAUUCCGUGAUAAAUGGGGGCGGGCCUGCUCCUGAUGGGAAUGCUUUGUGUAACAUGAAAUGCAAUGGCAAUAGCGCCGAAACCUGUGGAGGCCCUAACAGAUUGGAUGUGUAUUCCUCUACAUCGUCGCCAUCGACUACAUCAUCAAACACACCAACAAGCACACCGGGUACAACUGGGAAGCGCGGUCUCGCAUAUAACAACAACAACCCCUCUGCCAAUGCAGGAUACGCAAACCUCUUCAAAGGCUACAGUAAAGUCUCCUGGGGUUAUGACUGGGGAUAUCCUUCUUGGAAUCUUGAUGCGUCUUUCGAAUUUGUGCCUAUGCUCUGGGGCCUCCCGAGUGGCCCUGACCCCAAAUGGACUGCUGCAGUUCAGACCGCUAAUACCAAGAAUAUUCUCGGUUUCAAUGAGCCGGACCUGACUUAUUCGGCAUCUUCAAAUAUCUUGCCCGCUAACGCUGCUGCUGGGUACAAAACUUACAUCGAGCCAUUUGCAGGCUCACGCGGGAUUGGUAUGCCGAACGUGCUGUGGAACAACGUAGGUUCAUCAUCAGGCGGAAACUAUAACUCGGCGCAGUGGACGCAGUACUUCUUAGGGAACUGCACUGGCUGUCACUUUGACUUCGCAGCCAUUCACUACUACCAAGAUUGCUUUCCUGCCAAUGGCCAGAGCGGAGCAGAGUGGUUUAUGGGCAACGUCACCGAUGCGUACAAGACACUCCAUUUACCGGUAUGGGUGACAGAAUUUGAAUGUUAUGGCUCGGAAGAUCAACAGAUUGCAUUUUUGCAACAGGUUCUGCCUUGGAUGGAUGCGCAGAGUUACGUGGCAAGAUAUGCGUAUUUUGGUGUCUUCCCUGGCUACCUUCUCAACGCAGCUGGCAAUGGUCUUUCAAAACUAGGGAUGGCAUACGCGACAGUAUAG